CAUGAAUAUAAAAGAAGAGUUGGAGGAGGGUGUGAAUGAAGAGUCCAUUGAAGAUCCAUUGGGAAUAUCGUGGUCCACUGAUUUUAUCAAGGAGGAUCCUGAAUUAAAUUUGGAAAUGAGUGUAACUGAGAAUAUUCAUGUGAUACUCCCACCCACCUGCGGCUGGCUCUGUUGCGGCUCAGUUCUGCUCCUGCGUUUUUUCUGACCAAAUUCAGUUGACAUGCUACAGACAAAACCCAACAAACACUCGCACCAGAGAGCAUUGAAAGGACCUACAGUCAAACUAGUGUGUCAGUGGAAAAGACAGCUAUGGUGUAGAGUAAGAGAAGACAUUAUGGUCAAAUCUUUCAAGAAGUACAGUACAAAUAGUUCUCUGGCGGGCAGUGAAGACCAUCUCUUAUAUGAAGAAGACAGUGGUCAUGAACGAGAAGAAGUUAAAUUUUGAUAUUCAGGGGCGUUUAGGUGGAAACCUCAACAGGAUAUGCAUCUGAUAGUACAAGGAAAAUAAAAGUUCAGAUGAUAUGUCAGCAGCUGUGGUGUGCUUAAUGCACAUCACCACAUGAAAAUCACUGAAAUUCAACCGAUUCAUCUUGAUGGACACAAGCUAAUGUCGUACUGCAGUAGAACAAGUAAGAAGAAAGGAUUGACUCAGUGUGCUGGUGGGUGCUGUGACAUACCAUGUGAAGAAACUAGUCGCCAUAGAGUGGUCCAGGAUGAGUUGGUGAUAGACAUGAAGUCAACACAUGAGUUUGGUACCAAUACAAAAGAUAUGACUGUUGAUAAGAACUGCUCAGUUGCCACACAAUAUAACUGUAGUACGAGGGAAAAGGAAUUAUAUGUAUAUAGCUGUAAUUUCUGCCAACAGAGCUUUCCUUCAAAAUACAGAUUCAUAAAGCAUGUGUUUAUGCACAUUGAUGGCGUGCAACCACCUUCGUAUGUUUGUAAGUGGUGUGGUGAAGUAUUUCACAGUAAUGUUAGUUUGAAAAAACAUUUGAGAAUGAGUGAGAAUCAUCAUGUCUUAACUGCUGGAAACCAUGAAAAAUAUGGCUAUAGUGAAGAGCAUCAAAGCAGUAUCUUCUCAGAUAGUGAGCCAGAAGUUUCUAUCGCAGAAUACAAUGAGCUGAAUUCAUACAAGGAAAUGUGGAAAGCUGCUAGUGACAUAGGUAACACACACAUGACAAAUGAUACAGAGGAAACAAAUCAUUAUGGAUCUCUAUCUACAACUGUUAAUGUCAGAUCCCAGGGUGAUCUACUUACUGCAAACAGAAUCCACAAACGUGAUAUUUGUGGCAAAUCUUUUGCUGGUGCAGGCAAUCUUAAGAAACAUGGAUUAAUUCACACUAGAAAAAAACCUCACAAAUGUAAGAUUUGUGGGAAAUCUUUUGCUUUCCCAAGCCAUCUCAAGAAACACAUGGUUCUUCACACUGGAAAGAAACCUCAUAAAUGUGAGCUUUGUGGACAAUCUUUUCCCAGGAGAAGCUCUCUCAAUAGACAUAAAUUAAUACACACUGGAAAUAAAUCCCACAAAUGCCAGAUUUGUGGGAAAUAUUUUGCCAGGACAGACGCUCUCAGAAGUCAUUCACUAAUUCACACUGGAAAAAAAUCCAACAAAUGCGAGAUUUGUGGGAAAUCUUUUGCCAGGACAAGCAAUCUCAAGGCACACAAAUUAAUUCACACUGGGAAGAAACCUCAUAAAUGUGAGAUUUGUGGGAAAUCUAUUGCUUACUCAAGUAGUCUCAAGAAACAUUUGUUACUUCACACUGGAAAGAAACCUCAUAAAUGUGAGAUUUGUGGGAAAUCUUUUGCUUUCUCAUGGGAACUCAAGACACAUGUAUUUCUUCACACUGGAAAGAAACCUCAUAAAUGUGAGAUUUGUGGGAAAUCUUUUGCUUUCUCAUGGGAACUCAAGACACAUGUAUUUCCUCACACUGGAAAGAAACCUCAUAAAUGUGAGAUUUGUGGGAAAUCUUUUGCUUUCUCAAACGGUCUCAAGAAACAUGUAUUACUUCACACUGGAAAGAAACCUCAUAAAUGUGAGAUUUGUGACAAAUCGUUUGCCCUCACACGUUAUCUCAAGAAACAUGUAUUAAUUCACACUGAAAAGAAACCUCACAAAUGUGAGAUUCGUGGGAGAUCUUUUGCUAGAGCAGGCAAUCUCAAGACACUGAAUCAUACAUGCCAGGAAGAGACCUCACAAAAGUGAUGUUUGUGGCAAAUCAUUCUUAGAUCAGCUUAUCUCAAGAUACAUGCAUUAGGACACAUUGGAAGGGGACCUCACAAAUGUGAUACCAGUGACAAAAGUUUCACUCAGUUGGGCACUCUCAAGAUACAUCAGAAAGAAACUACAAGUAAGUGUUAGUUUUUUGUAAAUAGGUUUUCCUGGUUGAUGCCCUCAAGGUGUGUAAAAUAAUGGAAGAAGCAAGGGGAGAAUAAAUUGUAAUGCCCAUGAAAUAACAUACAAAUAUGGUAUAAUUGUGAAACAAUGUGUACUAUAGAGUGGUAACAGAUAAUGUGACAAUAUAAAAAUCCAUAUCUGCUGCUUGAGAUGUCAAGAAAUUGUAUUACUAAAUACUCGAGAAACAUGACUCAAAUGUGUUUUUGUCAAUAACACUGCUGUUUUUUCCUAUAGCUCUUGAGAAAAGAAAAUUGUGUAUUGUGAUAAAUCCCUGUUUGUCAGGAAUCAUAAGUACCAUGCAAUAUUCAGUAUAAGGCCAAGGAUAGGUGAUGACUUGCUGCUUAUUAUUCCAAACAUAGUCAUCAUGUAGUACUUGUAACUGUGCAUUUUAGAAACAGUGACAUCAAAAAUAUAUUCAUGGCACUUCCUUCACAAAGGCUAGUAAACUCAACACUGGAGAAACAUGAUUAUGACAAUUAUUUUAGUCAGGUAUGUUUUCGCAAGAGAUCUGCUGUAUGUGAAAUGAAUAGAGUUUACAUUUAUGUUCUGUUAGUACUAAUCCUGUAUUAGUAAGAGUAACAACAAAUAUAGCAACCUGCUUAAUAGCAUGUUUGUCCACCUUUGGAACACAAUACUUCGACAGUUCUACACGAUAUGGACUUGGCAUGUCAUUUAUGUGUUUCUGGAUGUAUGUUGUACCAGUUGCAUUCCACACGUUCAGAUCAGCUACAUGGUGUGAUCAAGAUGUUAGGUACCAUACUACUAACACAACUGUAGAGUCGUUCUGCAUAUGUGUCAUCGGCAGUUAUCCUGCUGUAAGAUGCCUUCACCGUGGGAGAGCAUAUCAGGCAUGAAGGAAUCUAUGCAGUAGCAAUAACCCACAUAGUCGGCAACUCUCAUGAUGCCUUCAAUUACUACCAGAUGUCCCAAAGGAGCCUGAGUGACUGUCCCCAUAGCAUAAUGGGCCCACCACGUAGUGCCAUUCGCCUAGAUGAUAGCAUAUCUGGAUGUUGCAACUGACCUGGUGUAACAGGAAAUGUCACAUAUCCUGACAGUUGGCAGUUGACAUUAGCAUUGACCUUCAUUCCAGCAUCAAUGAUCCCUUGCCCACUGCAGUUGCAAUUGAACAUUUUUGUGGAGCCCCAUGUUCAACAAUAUACAUUGAUUUGUGGGUUCAAAAACGUCUAUGGCUGCUCAAGCAUUGUUUUCUGUAAUUAGAUAUGACAUAUUGCCACAUGUCAAGCUUCACAGAGCAGGCAAGCCUCUGACCUGCAUGAUUUGUAAUGGAUAGGUGUAUUACAUGUUUUCAUAAGUUUAUCAGUUUAUCACCUUUAAGCCACUUUCCACAGAUGUUCACAAAAGUAGCAUAGAUCUAGCCUACCAGCUUCACCACUUUUGAGGUGCUUGUUCCCAACUACAAUCCCACUGUAACCAGCCCUUUGCUAAAGUCACUUAUGUCGUUGGAUUUAUAUGUCUGUGACCCAUCUAAUUGGUAGAACAAUUCAAUGUUAAUUUCUGGUCUGCUUAUAUACUUGUAAUCUGCUUAUUGCAUCAUGUGCAUACAACAUGGGGCAUUCAUACUCCUUGCAGGCAGUAUUCAUGACAGUUUUGCUCACCAGUGCAUCUCUACAUAAAUGGGUCAGAUGUUAAAAUGUGUAAUCUAAUAAAUUCAUUGUUCGUGGUUGCCAUGUACACCAGUGCACAAUAGCUAUAUUUUUUUGCGAAUUUUUUUGUUUUACUAAGCUCUGUACGUGAUAGAGAUAAUGUAGAUAGGUGUUAUGCACCAAAGCUCUUAAUUAUUUUUUCAGCAUUCAAUACCAUGCAAGUUAUACACAAAAUGAAAUAGGUAAACAAACAUUAGGUCUUACAAUUUGAUUCCAGUUAUUCGUAUACACAAGAACAACACUUGGGAGAGCUCAGAACAUGAGUACUAAAUAUUUCUUGCAUUUCAUUCAAAGUUGUUUUCAAUGUGGAUAGUUUCCUUAAUUUGUGUAAAUAAACAUGACGUCUUUGGAAAUCUGUAUUCAUGCUUUAUUUUUAGUUUCAGAACGAUUGUUUUUAUUUUUGAUUUCCGACCUGUUUGUUAUUGGUGAAAGUGGGUUAGUAUGUCAACUACACGUGUAACAACUGGAGAUAGUUAUAAGUAAGUGAUUGGCACUGUUCCGUUUUGCUACACUUCAGCUGUGACAAUUUGUAGUGAUGUGAUUACAUUUUAUUCCAUCUUUCUCAUGAUGGGACAUCCACAACUGCUGUAUAGAUUACUCAUAAUAGGCAACAUCCACAUACCAUUGUAUUAAAUAUUAUUUUCCAAUGAAAGGAAAGAAAAGCCAUGUUUCUGGACAAUAGGCUUAUAUUCUGAUGAAUCUGAAAAUACACUACUAAGUGUGGCGAGUAUACAUAUCAUUAAUGUCUAAGAAAAACAGUAAAAUUUGUAGUAACGUGUUUCAAAAGGUACACAAUAUGGACUGAAUAUCUAUUUGUGUGAGCUAAAGAUGGUUCAUGUAGCAUUUGUCUGGUACACGAGAUGUAAGCAGAAAAUGAACAUCUUCAGUGGUUGUGUGGAAAACUAGGCAAAGAACUGAGUCUACAUAAACACAAUAGAUACCCAUAAAUUAAGAGUGUAACAGCACCUAAUAAAAUCAUAACCUAAGCUUAUCAUCACAGAAUAAACUAUUGUACUAGAAUGGUCAAGGAUAAGUCAAUUUUAGGAUGUGGAUUCAAUACAAAAGGAGGUUUAGCUCAAUAAUAUUUAGAAGAUUCAUUAUUUUUCCUAUAAUCUGCAGUUUGUAGUACAAAAGUUAAAAUUGCAAAGUUAUUGAAGGAUACAUUAAAACUGAUAAUAUACUCAUAAUAAACUAAUAUCCUUAAGAAACUGUAACAUUAU